GUGGAAACUUGGUCGGGCCCGACGGAGCGCAUGGCGAGGAGGCACUUGCGACUCGGGAGUGUGCCGGAGAGCAACCGCGUUAGGCAGUCGCGCUCGGGUGUCCUGCGCCGCGCAGUCGUGACUCGGAGUCGUCGCCGCGACCUCUCGUGACCCGUCGCCAUGCCGGUGAUGUCGAUCUGCCGCCUGCCGGACACGGAGGAGUGGGCCGACCUCCACGACAUGGGCUUCAUCCGACCUUACAUGGACAAGAUGAACGGCUCGAGCACGGGUCUGAACGGCGCGUCGGAGGCGGUCGACGAGCGCGCCUGGACCGUCGGCGUCAUCAACUCCAAGAGCAAGUACCUCACGGCCGAGACGUUCGGCUUCAAGAUCAACGCCAACGGCACCUCCCUGAAGAAGAAGCAGCUGUGGACGCUGCAGCCGACCGGGCAGCGAGACCACGUCAGCCUGCGCUCCCACCUGGGGAAGUACCUGGCCGUCGACAGCUUCGGCAACGUCACGUGCGAGGCCGAUGAGCUGGAGCCGGGCGCCAUGUUCGAGAUCGCCGUGGCCGACGACGGUAGCGGCCGCUGGGCGCUCAAGAACGUGGAGCGCAAGUACUUCAUGGGCGCCGCCGGCGAUAAGCUGGUCUGCAACGCCAAGGCGCCGUCGGAUGCUGAGCUGUGGUACGUCCACCUGGCGGCCCGACCCCAGGUCAACGUGUACAGCCUGGGGCGGAAGCGGUUCGCGCACCUCUCCGAGGACAUGGACGAGAUCCACGUGGACGCCAACGUGCCCUGGGGCGAGGACACUCCACGGCGACCGCUGCUCGGCGCCCUCUCCCGCUACUGA